UGAGCACAUUAACUCACUGGCUCCUGUUGUAAUUGCUGCAACAGGUAAUUUUUUAGUUAUUUUUUUCUUAAUACGAUUAUUUUGCUUUCCAGCUAAACCGAAAAAUGGCUCGACUAUUAAUUUUGUUGUCGGUGGUGUUAUUCAGUGUGUAUCAGACUGAACAAGCACAUUUCUUGGAGAAAAAUUACAUCGACCGAAUCAACGAAGAAGCAACAACUUGGAAGGCUGGUAUUAACUUUGAUCCGAGCACACCAAAGGAAGACAUCAUUAAGCUGUUGGGAUCUACGGGAGUUGAGUCUGCCAAAAAGGCGAGUAUCGAUCAAUUCAAAACGGACGACGAUGCUUACGAAAAUGUUUGGAUCCCCAGGACAUUUGACGCAAGGAAAAAGUGGAGACAUUGCCGUACAAUUGGAGAAGUUCGAGAUCAAGGACACUGUGGUUCUUGCUGGGCUUUCGGAACCAGCUCAGCGUUUGCUGAUCGUUUGUGCGUAGCCACAAACGCAGAUUUUAACGAACUGUUGUCCGCCGAAGAGAUAACGUUUUGCUGUCACACGUGUGGUUUUGGAUGUCACGGAGGCAACCCAAUCAAAGCCUGGGAAUAUUUUAGUAAACACGGUUUGGUCACAGGAGGAAAUUAUAAAUCUGGAGAGGGAUGUGAGCCAUACCGAGUUCCCCCUUGCCCACGUGACGAAGACGGCAAAAAUACAUGCUCUGGUAAACCAAUGGAAAAAAAUCAUAGAUGUACGAGAAUGUGUUAUGGAAAUCAAGAUCUUGAUUAUGGCGACGAUCAUAGAUAUACACGUGACUAUUACUACCUAACUUAUGGCACCAUCCAAAAAGACGUUAUGAAUUACGGACCAAUUGAAGCAUCGUUUGAUGUAUAUGACGAUUUUCCCAGCUACAAGUCGGGUGUAUAUGUAAAAUCAGAAAAUGCGUCAUAUUUGGGAGGACACGCCGUGAAAUUGAUCGGUUGGGGUGAAGAAAAUGGAACUCCAUAUUGGUUAAUGGUAAAUUCGUGGAACGCACAAUGGGGUGAUAAAGGUCUUUUCAAAAUUCGACGAGGCACAAACGAAUGUGGUAUCGAUAAUUCAACAACUGCCGGUGUACCAGUGACUUAUUAAUUUAUUGUAGUAGUUACCUAUUAAAAUAAGAACAAUUUUGUCAUACUGUAGUAUUUUAUGUUUAAUUAAAAUUAAUUUUACUAUUUAA